CGGCGGCGGCGGCGGGCCGGGGCGCAGGGCAUGCCCCGCGGCGCGGCUCCCGAUGUUUCACUGGGGCAAGUGGAAGAAGAGGAUGGGAGCGAGCGCCUCGUCCUCCCGGAGACCCGUGUUCGACGAGCGCGAGGACGUGAACUUUGACCACUUCCAGAUUCUCCGAGCAAUUGGGAAGGGAAGCUUUGGCAAGGUGUGUAUUGUCCAGAAGAGAGACACUGAGAAGAUGUAUGCCAUGAAGUAUAUGAACAAACAGCAGUGCAUUGAAAGAGAUGAGGUUCGCAACGUGUUCAGAGAACUGGAAAUCCUGCAGGAAAUCGAGCACGUGUUCCUGGUGAACCUCUGGUACUCCUUUCAGGACGAGGAGGACAUGUUCAUGGUCGUGGACUUGCUGCUCGGUGGUGACCUCCGCUAUCAUCUGCAGCAAAACGUUCAGUUCACGGAAGAAACGGUCAAGCUCUACAUCUGUGAAAUGGCUCUGGCUCUGGACUACUUGCGAAGCCAGCACAUCAUUCACAGAGAUGUAAAACCGGACAACAUUCUCCUUGAUGAGCAAGGUCAUGCACAUUUAACAGAUUUUAAUAUUGCAACAAUAAUUAGGGAUGGUGAAAGAGCAACCGCCUUAGCUGGAACCAAGCCAUACAUGGCUCCGGAGAUUUUUCAUUCAUUUAUGAACGGUGGGACAGGUUACUCCUUUGAAGUUGAUUGGUGGUCCUUGGGAAUUAUGGCUUAUGAACUUCUUCGAGGAUGGAGACCGUAUGAUAUCCACUCCAGUAACCCAGUAGAGUCUUUAGUUCAGCUCUUCAGUACUGUGAGUGUUCAGUACUCAUCUGCAUGGUCAAAAGAAAUGGUUGCACUCUUAAGAAAGCUGCUGACCGUGAACCCCGAGCAUCGUUUUUCCUGCCUCGCUGACGUUCAAGCUUCAGUUUACUUAUCAAGUGUGAUCUGGAGCGAUGUCUGCGAGAAAAAGGUGGAGCCAGGCUUUGUCCCUAACAAAGGUCGCCUGCACUGCGAUCCCACCUUUGAGUUGGAAGAGAUGAUUCUGGAGUCAAGACCCCUGCAUAAAAAGAAGAAAAGACUUGCAAAGAACAAGUCGAGGGAUAACAGCAAAGACAGUUCACAGUCCGAAAAUGACUAUCUCCAAGAAUGCCUUGAAGCUAUCCAGCAAGAUUUUGUCAUUUUUAACAGAGAGAAGUUAAAGAAGAGUCAAGAGCAGACGAGCGAGUCCGCGUCUCCUCCGGAAACCACCGACGAGGCCGAGACGGAGGCCGAGUCCGAGAGCUCGAACUUGAACAUGUGCAGCUCCGUCUGCUCCUCUGCGGGCAGCAGCUAGGACUGCAGCGGCAAGGCACGGAGCCGCGAGCCGGCGCCACCCUCGAUCAAUCUUUCUCAGGUUGCGUUGAGUAACGCGGGCCGUACUCGGAGUACGCCUGAAGAACAGAUACGAAAACCAGUCUUGCAAAGCUGUAGCAAAACAGAUGAUAGUUCUUAGAGAACUGCGGCCGUGGGCUGCGGCGACUGCCAGGUCUGCGCGCUGGGUCGCUGCUACGAGUAAAGAUACUCGCUAUGCAACGCGGCGGGGGAAGGAGAGCGGUUUCGUUCUUGUUUUUAACAUCAGAUUGCUGCUCUGGGCAUGUUUUUAAUACAAAAAGUUAAUGCGUUACGUCCUUGGAUUCAGCAAGGGAGCGCAAGGAGUAGGUGUGGGGAGGGCGAUGCGGAUUUUACUGUGGCGACCAGCAGUGGCGGCUGCCGUGCCGGUGGACGAUCCUCGGGGCGCUCCUGGCCCGUGGCGGGUGGGACCGGCCGCGCGGGCGCCGAGAGCCGCGGUCCCGCGGCGCGGGGACGUCCCGGCCGCGUCCGAGCCGCUUCCCCGGCGAACGCGUCCCCGUGCGCCCCAGGGGGUCCUUCUGGGGCUGGGGGCGGUGGAGGCGCGAUGGGGCCGUGCGUGGGGCUUGGCACGUGUGCA